UGGCUUAAAGUGAAGACCUUCAAGAGAUUGAAACAAUGAAGACUGUGGCAGCUCUACUUGUUUUUGUCAGUUUGGCCAUUGUUGCUAUUGAAGGGAAGCCCGGGAUUGGAAUCCAAAGAUGUUUAUGUCAUGGUGCUGGUCUCAAAAUGGUGAGGCCAAAGCUGAUAGAGAAAGUUGAAAUUCACCCUAUUAGUCCAUCCUGUGGACAUCUGGAGGUUGUUGUCACACUGAAAAAUGGUGAAGGUCGAAGAUGCUUAAACACAGAGUCAUUGUUUACCAAGAACAUCAUUGAGAGGAUUGCAAAAAAGACCAGGAGUGCUCAGUAA